ACCAGGGUCUUAUGAAGAACUUAGAAAAAGCUUGCUACAUGGUGUCAAUAUUGAGGAGGAAGUUAUUGAAAGAUCUAGCAAGUAGGAAGGAUCGAGGAGAGAUGUUAAUCAAGGUAAUAUAUCUGCUUGUCCCAAAUGAAUAGAUAACAUGACUGAAGAUGUUCGACAGUAUCUCAAUGCGUAAAUGCCGCAAAGGUUAAAGCGGGUGAAUACAAAACUGCAAGACAUCUUUUGUUUGCCUUUAUCUAUUCGAUUAAAUUGUUGUCUGCACUUUUUAAUCAACAGGUGCUUUUUCAAAUUGAGCUACAAAAUACACACCUUACAGUACUGUUUUUCGUAAUCCUCUAUCAAAGAAAACAUGUAGAGUAAUAUCAAGAAUAAAGUCUGUUUCAAUUUGUUUAUUAAGGUACCAGACCUUAAUAAACAAAUGGCUUUGAAUAUACCGAAGUGAUCUUGCAUUCAAAUUUCGGUAUCUUAGAAACUGAUUCGGAAUAUUCAAACAGUAGUAUUAUCAGCGCUAUAUUAAGGUUUGAAGGAAAAUACAGUAUUUGCAGGAGAUUUGGCGACCAAGGAAUAAUCAAUUCAUUCCAGCAUACAAAUUCUUUGUGGAUUUAUUUGGUGAACGAAUUGGAAGCGACUGAUUGGAUUGCGUCAACAGUCCAAUAAAUCUUCGGUAAGGAAAGGUCUUCAUAUGGUUAAUGUCUGACUGAUGUCCCGGGAUAACAAAUGCAUACCAAAAUACAUUUAAGUUUCUUAGCGGUGUGGAUCAGUUCUGUCACGGCUACCAUUGAAACAGAAGGUGCUUAUGUUCUUACACAAGAGAAAAGCUAUCAUACAAGCAUAUCAUCAACAACUGUGUUGGUACAUACAGAAACAGAAUGCUACCAUAGAUGCUACAGAAGUGAUAAACCAUGUCUUGGUGCCAAUUUUCAGGCCAGUUCGGGGGUUGGACCGUUUAAGUGUGAGAUAAUACAGGGCGUUGGAAGGGCUGAUGGCAUUACGAAGCAAGAUGGCUGGACGUUCAUGAGUCGCAUAAACGAAAAGAAAUCCCAGGAUACACAGAAAGCAACUCCAUCAAAAGAGAGCAAUACUUGCUGUAAAAGCAUAAAAGCGUUGGACAACUCGACAGAAAACGGUGCAUAUUGGCUCCACACUGGCAAUCGAACCUUUCAGGUCUACUGUGACAUGAAAAAUGGCGGAUACACCCUUAUUGCGCGGUUUUCCAAUGCUGAUGCAGGGAACUGGAUGCAGGCCUCUGGGGAAUUUUGGUACACAACAGAGGAGUAUGGGCAAACCAAUUCGACCAUUGUCAAUAGUGACAUGCUGAGCUUGGCGUUUUCAAUGGUGAACGGUAGCGACAUAAAAGUAAGCAGAAGUGACGAUAUUGAGCACACAGCCUUGCUGAAUGCACCAGGGUGUUUGCUUGGAACCACAAUGCGCGCUAGGAUGACCUCAUAUGGAGAUUUCAGGAAUGGAAAAGUUUGGACUUCCAGUGACAGGUGUCUUGGUAACUGCAGUGCCGUGUUUUCGGGACAGUAUGCGACAACCGUUGGAUUCAAGUACGCUACAUCAACCUGCACAGCAAGCAAUGAUAUUCUUAAUGGCAACAAUAUUGGGUUUUGGUGUAGAUAUAGCACUGGAGAUGGCUCUGUAAUAAUGAUAGGCGGAGGUGGAGCAAGUUGUGCCAGAGCAGACCACGGCAUUGGCGUUACAGAAGAAGACAAUGCCAGAUUAGGUGGGUCACUGCCGUCGAAGGAUUUUGGAGAUGAUGGGGCUUCGGGAGCUACUACCUACUCGCUAAAUCUUUGGAUAAAAUAGGAUGAAUCUGGACAGGCAAGACUUCUUAUACAACCAGCAUAUAUUUCAUGGUAUUGUUAACUUAAUUAGAGGCAUUUUCUUUCAAUGACGAUGAAGCCUCAAUAACAAAAACAAUAGCAAGAAAUUAAAAGGUUAUAUUUUUUAGCUUUAUCUGUCAAUGUUGUCUCUUUAACAGCACAGCAUUACUCUAAUGCCUGUUGGUUUUUUGGUGAUAAACUUCAAACUGGUCUGAUAAACUUAAACCACGGUGAUAAUCUUCAAACUGGUCUUCAAAGUUUUUGGAUUCGCUAUUUUUGGCGAGUUAAAGAGGAAGCCAAUGUGGUAGAAAUUUUCACUUACUUAUGCUGUUAGAUAGCAAGGCUGCAAAAGUAGUUAGGUCAUUAGUGUGAUGUCAAAUCAGAAAACACACCAGUAAGCUACUUGGAAGAAGGUGAGAUCACCAAGAUUUCGCAUAGAAGAAGUGUGUGGAGUUUGCGAUAUAAAAACUUGAUUGUCUGCUCAUUUUAGCUAUGUCGUUGAACUCAAACCUGUUUUCAAACUACGUCAUGGCUCUGGU